AUGAUAAUGAUUAAACCAAAGUGCUCCACUUGUGCAAGGCUAGGGAAAGAAUGCUUGUAUGGAACUCCUACGUGGGUCAACACACAUUCUGAAUGUUUUAAAGUGGUUAACAAUGAGAAUGGGAAUAGACCAAAAUCAAAAGAACAACUAUUUCAAGAGAUUGAGUACUGGAAGACAAAAUAUGAAGAAGUUGAAAAAACUGAAAAAUCUGAUGCUUCUGACAAAUCAUUGGAUAAUGGUUCGAGAUCUAAUAGCGUCUAUACAUCCAUAUCAGAUGUACCACAUGAGUCGGAUAUGAUUAAUUUCCAUGAACCUCAAAAUGCAACAUAUUAUCAAGAUCAAAAUGACGAACAGCUUUUCUCAUGGAGUGCUAUGAGUGUACACAAGACUAAUCACUAUAUGGAGUUAUUUCUUUCGGUUAAAUUUCUCUUGCAGUACAUGUUAAAAAAUGAGAUUGAUCCCACUUUAGAUGAUUCAUCUAAAUGGACGUUACUCUUUGGAGCAAACCUUGAAGAUUCACAGGCUAUAUCUAACAUAAAAAGGCUAAUACAAUACAGAAAUGAGCUAGAUAUUGUUCCAGUGCUCCUGGAUGGUGCUGAUUUUUCUAAAAGAAUGAUACCUAAUUCUGUUGUAAAGGAAAUUCAAAGUCUAUUACCCAAUAAGCAUAUAUUUUAUAUGCUUUUAAAUCAUUUUUUCAAUAAUAUAUUUGCGUUAAGGCCCAUUGUUGAUCAAGGUUUGUUUUUGGAUGAUGUUCAAAGAUUGGUUGAGUUUAUUGAUUAUGACGAAACAGCAAAACUCAAAUGUGUGAACACUAUGGACAUUAGUUUACUAGCUAUGCUAUUGAUUAUAUUAAGAUAUGCAUUAAUUUCAAUUUUGGUUGUUGAUGAUAUCGAUUUACCUGAAAAUCUAUUAACUUUGAAGAAAGAUCAUUGUGUACCUGUACGAGCUGUUUCAGUUGCACAGACAUGUCUUACAACAUUUGCUUUCGCUCAAAAGAGGACAUUACAUCAAGUUCAAGCUCUGAUAUUAUUAUUAUAUUAUUAUAGAGAUAGACCUGAAGACUGUUUGGGAUCCAGCUUAAGUCAAUAUCAUAUGUUACUAGGCCUAGCAAAAGAAUCAGCGUUGGCUAUGGGCUUACACAAAGAUCCAACUUAUUAUGGUAUACCGAGUGAAACACAGCUGGCAAACCUAAGAAGAAGACUUUGGAUUUCUAUCAACUCUUUAGGCGUGGAAACACAAGUUCUUAAUGGCUGGUUGAGAACACUGCUAAGUUCGAGUACGAUAAAGGUUAAGGUUCCAGUAAUGAGUUUUAAAUCACCACUUGAUCAAGCAGAAAUUGAUGAAUUAACCCAUGAUUGUAAACUAGGUGACAUUUUCAACUUAUUAUUUGAUCAUAUAAAUAACAUUAAUGAAAAUCCAAAAUUAACAACAUUGGUUCAAUUGUUGAAUGAAGCUAGUGAUUAUGUCGAUGAACAUUAUCCCAUAUCUAGUCUAAGUGAUUUAACAAACCUUGAAGUUGACACACAGUUGUACAAGUCAAUUGCAUUUAAAAAUCAAAAAAUAUUAGAGAAAACCUUAAUUUUGAAUUCUAUCAAGAUUAGAUUUUACCAAAUAAUAUGUGGUUACUAUGAGGAUAAUAGAUUUGCCAAGCUGGAGGUUUUCAAAGAUUUUCACUUCAAGUAUAUUCAAGUGAUUUUUCAAGCGCUAGAUAUAUCAGGAGGGCUCUUGUCAAAUUCAUUUAGAGCUUAUUUAGAUCCGCUCAAAUCAGGUUUUGCAAUUUAUCCUUUGGUGACACAACUUUCAUACAGAGUAAUCAGUGCGCUUCAGGCAACUUUAUUGAGUAUUUACCAUGGUACAGAUUUAUUGAUUUGUCAUCUUUAUAUGUCAAGCUCAGGUGUUGAUCGGGAUUAUUAUGAGGAAUUGAUAUCGUUACUAUCUAAUGCGUUGGAUAAUCAUGUUGAGAUACUUCAAAAAUCUGUUGGAUCCAAAACUUACUCAAGCUUAAAAAUUGUUUGUUCAUCCAAUAUCAAUAACCAUUUAUUGAAGUCAUAUAGGUUUAAUUCGCUGACUAGGUUUUGCAACUAUUAUGAUACAAUUGAUAAUGAAGAUUUAAAUGAUGAACAAUUUUUACAUGAAACAAAGAAAAAUCUUUCAGAAAGAGGUAACUCUGCUAUUGAGCAAGGAAUAUUUUCAGCACAUACACAAUGGUUAAGAAUGAGUUCAUCUUAUAGGGCUGCUCUUAAUCCUGAACAACGGGAACAUUUCCGAUUUUGCAGUUCUGUCGUCAAUGUUAGUCAUAUCAAUUUUUUUGCCGAGCUUACAAUAGAUGAAAUUGAUAAGAUGGUGAACGUUUUCAAACAGACACCAAGCUUUUUUCCGGUUUUAGCUUCUGCAUCUUCAGAUAGCUCUGUUCGCUUGGAAAAUACAGAUUUGAGAAUUGUUUUAGAUACUGUCUUGAAGAAAUUUGAAACACAACCAGGUGUUGAUUCCUUGAUGGACUCGGUAUUGAAAGAGGCCAACACUGAGGGAAGUAUUCAGAGAGAAGUUACACCUGCAAGUUUGGAAGAUCUUGAUAUCUUAUUCCGUACCACUGUAAUAAAACCAAAAUGCUCAACUUGUGCUAGGUUAGGUAAAAUCUGCAAAUAUGAGAUCCCACACUGGGUCAAUACACAUGUUGAAAGUUAUACGGUUGUUGAUAAAGUUGAUGAAGGUCCAAAAUCAAGAGAACAACUACAUAAAGAGAUUGAAUUUUGGAAAUCAAAAGCAGAAAAUCAUACUCCUCCAAGUACUCAGCAACUGAAUCAUAUAAGCCCAGAAUCAUUUAAAGAUUCUGUUGGCUCACAUGGAUCACCAUUGACAUCUAGCUCUUCAGAUCUAAUUGAUUUACAUGAACCUCAUAGCUCAACUUAUUAUCAUGAAACAGAUUAUGAACAACUCUCACCAUUAAACCCUUUAAAUAUUCACAAAACUGAUCCUUACAUGGAACUAUUUUUAUGCUCUAAAUUCCUUGUUCAAAAAGUAUUGAAAAAUCAACUUGCAAGUUAUUCAAAUGAUAUAUCAAAAUGGGCACUGGUAUUUGGUUCAGCACAUCAAGAUGAAAACUAUUUGAGGAAUAUCUCAAAUUUGAUUCACUCAAGAAAGGAAAUGAUAAACUCAAUUCCAUUCGUUGGUGCUCUUUUCACUAUAGAUACCAUUUCCGAUUACAUUGUACGUGAGGCUGAAAGUUUAUUACCAGAUAAAUCCACAGUAUAUACUCUUUUGGAUCAAUUUUUUGAAAAUAUGUGGGCCAUGAGACCUGUUGUGGAUAAACAAUUAUUUUUGAAUGAUCUAGAAAGAAUUGUUCAAUUUAAUAAUGAUGGGAAAAAUGUUAACAUCAAACUAGUGAAUAGCACCGAUGUUACUACUUUAGCAAUGCUUUUAAUUUUGUUGAGGUAUGCAUUCAUAUCAAUAUCAAAUGUGGAAGAAAAAGAUCUUCCAUCAAAACUGCUUCAUAUCAAGAGAAAUACAUAUAUACCUGUUAAAACUGUCUCUGUUGCAUACCUAUGUAUUUCAGCAUUGAGUGCAGGUGAAAAGAGAACAUUACAUUUAGUUCAAGCUUUGGUUUUGUUGUUGUUUUAUUUCAAAGAUAGAUCUGAAGACUCUGUUAGUUGGAGUUCAAGUCAAUAUUUCAUAAUUUUGGGCCUUGUUAAAGAAUCUUCAAUCGCAAUUGGGUUGCAUAAAGAUCCGAUUUAUUACGGUAUACCGACAGAAGCACAUUUAGCAAAUCUUAGAAGAAGAAUUUGGUUUACAGUAGCCUCUUUAGACACAGAAGCACAACUUUUAGGUGGUUGUUUAAGUACAUUACCAAUACCAAGUGAAACAAAUGUGAAUUUCCCAGUAAUGAGUUUCAAGACUCCAUUAGAGCAAGCUGAAAUUGAUGAACUCACAAAAGAUUCCAUAUUGUCAGGGAUAUAUAAUGGUCUUUGUCAUGAUGUCAACAAUCUCUCCAAGAAACCUGAACUAUCAUCAAUAACAGAUCAAUUGAAUGAGGCCACUUCGUAUGUUGAAAAACAUUACUUGAUAUCUAAUUUAAGUGAUCUUAGAUCUUUUGAAGUGGAUUCGCAAUUAUACAAGGCAAAUGCUUAUAAAAAUCAUAAAAUAUUAGAAAAACAUUUCACGUUGAGCUCAGUGAAAAUAACAGUAUUAAAAUUAAUUUUGGGUCACUAUGAAGAAAGUAGAUUUGUUAAACUUGAAAUUUAUAAAGAAUUUCUUAUGAAAUAUUCAAAGGAAGUCUUUAGGGCAUUAGAUAUUUCAGGUGGAUUAUUAUCAGAUGCAUUUGCAACAAAUUUGAAUCCAUUACUAUCAAACUUUGCAAUUUAUCCAUUUACAACACAUAUUAGUUAUAAAUUAAUUAAUUCACUUCAAGCAAUGUUGAUGAAUAUUUUCCAUGGUCAAGAUUUAAUGAUUUGUCACCUUUAUACUUCAAGUUCAAAUGUUCAUAGAGAUUAUUAUGAACAAUUUGUUGCAAUCAUAUUUAAUAUUUUAGAUAACUAUAUUGAUACUGUUAAACAAUCAGUUGGAUCUAAAAAUUAUGAUGCAUUAAGAAUUGUUAGUGCUGCAAAUAUCAAUAAUUAUUUCUUAAAAGCACACACAUUUUUUGGAACCACAAGAUUUUGCAAUCAUUAUGAUAAUAUUGAUAGAGCUCGUUGGAGUAUGAAUGAAGAUCAAUUCUGGAAUGAAGCCAAAGAAGGGAUGACUAAAGGUAAUUCAUCUUUGGAACGUGGUUUGUUUUCAGUUCAUACAAGAUGGUUAAGAUUAAGUUCAUCUUAUAGAAUACCGGUUGCUAAAUUUUCGGAUAAAUAUAAGCGUGAUGAUUCAGGACUUUGUAUUUCUGUGGUGAAUGCUAGUAAAAUUAAUCAAUUUUCAGAAUUGAACAAGGAUGAAAUUGAUACAUUGAUUGAAAUUUUCUCCCAAAAGCCUCAAUAUUGUCAAACUCUUACAGUAUGGACAGCUAGAACGUCCAAUGAUAUAGUUGGUGCAGAAUUGGGACAACAUUUGAACGCUGUUAUGCAAAAUUUUGGAACACAACCAGCUAUGGACAAAUUGAUGAAUGAAGUAUUAAAAGAAGCGAAUAACCCUGAUCUAGUGCAAAGGGAUGUUACUGCUGAUAGUUUAGAUGCGUUAGAUCUUUUGUUCAAAUGA